CCGCAGGACUAGAGCGCUAGACUCACUAUGGCAUCCACCGCAGCACGGACUCUCUUAGUGCUUUUCGUCACCUUCUGUGCAUCAAGUACUGGAUUAACAGCCGAUAAGCCCCUGCGGCCGCGUAACGUGCAGCUGACGUCGGUGGACAAGGGCCUGAGGGUAAGCUGGGAACCUCCCAAUGAGCUGGACGGUCGGCCGGUGGACCGCUACAACAUUGGCUACGGCAAGUCCAUGAGGACACUGCGCUUCAUCAAGGUGGACAAGGACAGACGGUCUGAGGUACUGGAGGAUGUAGAGCCCGGAGUUCUGCACUUUCUCAAGAUGAGUGCCGAGAACGAGGAGGGGAUGAGCAAACCUGUGUACAGAGCAGAGACACCAGGAGGUGGUGAAUGGGUCAAACUGGAUGGCUUCGCAGUGGUGGACGGGGCACCUGUCAACGCAUCAUCUCCUGCUCGUCCAUCUCCUACUCCAGACGUGUGGCCCAGGCCUGACUCCCCUGUGAGUAUCCCUGUGAGGACAGGAACAGGAUCAGGAGUUGAUGGGACGGUGCGCCCGUCAGGCCUGACCUCUUCCAGGGGGCAGCAGAUCCGGAGACCUCCCCAAUCAUCCUCCGGCCCUCGUCAGCCAGAGAGGGCCAGGGCAGGGACACCCCUGCUGGACCAGAGGUCCCAACACCACCACCACACCCAGCCACAGGCUGACCAGAGAAACAUACACAACACCAAACUAGCGUCUGAGUCCAUCUAUGUGGUAUCACUGCAGGCACAGAGAGCCACGGGGCGGAGCGUGCCAAGCAACAGGGCCACCCUGACCAAAAAAACUCCCCCAGAGCCUGAGGAGUAUGUGGCCAAAGACAUCGGUGUGAGGGUAAUGUCCCCUCAGUCUGUCCUCAUCAGUUGGGUGGACCCAGCCAUCGAGAUGGAGAAGGUCCUACCUGGUGGCUCCAGACACUACACAGUGAAGUACAGGGAGAAGGGUGAGUCUGCUCGAUGGGAGUACAAAGAGACCAACCAGAGGAGGCUGCUGAUAGAUACCCUGUCAGCUGAUGGGAUGUACGAGUUCUCCGUCCGAAUCUCCCAGGGAGACAACCACGGCAAGUGGAGUGUGUCCGUGUUCCAGAGGACCCCAGAAUCUGCUCCCUCUGGUCCUCCGGAGAACUUUGAUGUGAAGCCACUGAGAGGGAAGGGAACUGCCGUCACGGCGACCUGGGACCCUCCCGAGGAACCCAACGGGAGGAUACGAGAGUACAUCAUGUCCUAUGCUCCUGCCAUGAAACCCUUUGGGAUGAAGUCAGUGACAUACCGCGGCAGCACCACCUCAGCCAUCGUAGACGGCCUCCAGCCUGGGGACCGCUACAUCUUCAAGAUCAGGGCCACCAACAGGAGGGGCCAGGGCCCCCAGACCAAAGCCUUUAGCGUAGCCAUGCCUGGAGGGACUGCCAGCAGUGUUGCCUCCUCGCCAACUCAUCACACCAAGAGCCAAGGCGGCCGUAGAACCAGCUACACCCCCUCUCGGACGUCCAAACAGGACAGUUACCAUGACGAUGACAUCAACCUCCAAUUAGAAGACGUGACCAAGGAGCCGGCCACACCCACUCAGACCACAUCUGCCCCGCCCGCCACCAGACGGACACGCCCCCUCACCAAGACACGCUCCUAUCACAGCAUCUUCUCAGAUGUGAGGGGCACGGUCAGGAACGGGGCGACCAAUCAGCGACUAGGAGCCGGUACCUCUUCAGCCAGAGACAAGGGGAGAGAGACAGAAACAGAGGAUGAACAGGAGGAGGAGAACAAAACAACAGAACCUACUCCAGAAGAAGAGGAGGAGAAGCUCACUAACGAAGAUAUGGAGGAGAAGAAAGAAGCAGUGACUCAGAACAAUGUUGUUCCUUCUACACCUGAGGAGGACAGGGGCUAUGUCAGAGGGAGAGGUAGAGGGAAGGAUGUAGAUGACAAAACAGAAGUUCCCUCAUCAGAGGGCUCCUCAUCAUCUAAACCCUUCUACCCUCUCCGCAAACCUCUCUCUGGCAGACGAAGACCAUUCUCCCGGACAUCAGGCUCAGGGACAGUGUCCCAGCCAAAGACACAGGAUUCAGAAAAGGACAGCGCCUCCUCAUCCUCCUCCUCAUCUUCUUCAUCUUCCAGCCCAUCCCCCAACCAGGAGUCUGCAGCCAUCAGGAAGGACGACAUUGUCACCAACUACCCAGAGGGCAAAAACACCUACGACCAGCCCAGUGUCACAGAGGCCAAACCCUCCACCUCAACCCCUGCCCCAGACCAGGCUGUCUCAGAGCCCAAAACCGAGGCACCAUCUGUGGGAAGAGGGUCUGCUCUGCCGGGCCGUGGAUAUGGUUAUGGCAGGCGGAAACCCGGGAUCCUGUCUCGAGGGAAUCCAAAUGGUCGAGUUCUGACUGGACUCCGCAAACCUGGGUCAGCCUCGACUUCAGCCGGCAUGUCCCAGUCCACUCUACCAACCGGAGGCAAGAUCCCAGAAACAUCACACACUCACGGCUCACACACUCCUAACACACAGCACUCAACACACCAUCAGGACAAUAACGACUACAAUGACUACAAAGUCACAGAGGCAGAGGCCACCAAAGAAGAAGAACCCACUUCCAGUUCCCGGAUCAUUUUCACUACACAUUCUUCUGAGGAGGACAGGAGACAGGACAAGAGAGAGGAGGUAGGGAGGGGAGGAGAGAGGGAAAACUGGAAAGAGGAGGGAGGGAGGGGGAAGACCAACUACAACACCCCAGCUCCCCCUCCUUCCAAGACGCCUGCUCCCCCUGCCUCCAGGAUUAACCACUUUGUGAACCGGCACCAGAGCAGGUUUGGAACAGGGACGGGGAGCAGUAGCAGGUUCUCUUCCCCCCGGGCGGACGGGAGGGUUCCCUGGAGCAGGACAGCCUCCUCAUCCUCUGUUGGGGCAGGGAGACCCAUCCUGAGAGGAAGCCCCUCUAGGAUAGCUGCCUCGGGGGCAGCAUCUGCCUCAGGGGCAUCAAGGACCUCAGCAGUGCAGGAGACCAGUGAGGAUUCUAAAACCCCCUCCACCCUCUACCCGUUAAAGAACGGGGUGGGGGCUGGGGCACUUAAACCCUCUCUGCCCAACAGGAAUAGCGUUCUAGGUGGAUCUAGGAAUCCCAUCACCUCCUCUUCCUCUUCUUUCUCCUCUUCUAGUGGUCAUAGAGACUCCAGUGAGCCCGUCCACAGAGGAAGCAGCACCAGGGAGGACAGCAGUAAUGACCAUAAGGAGGACUAUCUCUAUGAGGGGAGUAAGGAGAUGUAUGAGUGGAAUGAGAAAGUCACAGACCCAACCCCCGCCCCCAAAACUACUACCACCACUACCACUACCUCAGCCCCCACUACCGCCCGCAGGGUGCCCCAGAGUGGGGCCAACGAGAGUGUGGACAGGAACCCCACGCCUAGUAGAACCAGGCCCGGUUUCGUCCCCGGUUCUACGCUCCCCCGCCGUCCCAUUAUAGGUCCCAACGGGAGGGUGCGAUCUCCCCUGCUCACAAACAGGCAGACAGGUUCUAGGUUCCCCCUUAGAGCACAACCAGCACAGAGCACACGAUUAGGUUCCUCUAUCCCAGACACAUCAUCUUCCUCUUCUUCCUCUUCCUCCUCUAGUCUGCCGCAACCAGACCACGGGGUUAGUGGGGGCGUUAGUGUUAGCACUGGAGGCUCCUCCCCUUCCCUCUCUCGCCCCUCCCUCAGACAGAUCUCCCCUGGAGGCAGCCAGGGGUCUCAGGGCUCCUCUUCCUCCUUACCAUCCUUGUCAUCCUCAUCCAGAGACUCUGUGGUGGGCCAGGGGACAAGGACACACUACCCCAGCCGGUCAGACCCCCUUCGCAGGGGUAAAACCCCAAGUGGAGGCCUCAAGCCCGGCUAUGCAAAUGGUAAAAAUGGCCGCCCCAAUCUCACAGCGACCAGUGACAAAGAGUCCAGCACAUCCAAUGACAACACCAAACCUAAUGGACGAAGGUACAUCACUGGGCCUGAUGGAGCCAAAUGGGUGGUGGACUUGGAUAACGGGGUCCUGAUGAACGAGAAUGGCAGGGUUCUCCAGGACUCUCAGGGCCAACCCAAGAGGGUGGUUCUAGGAGAGGACGGACGCACCAUCUUUGACCACCAGGGCAGCCCAUUGGUGAACCAGGAGGGCCAGGCUCUGUUUGGUCACGGUCGGGACAGCCAACCGGUGGUCAACCCCAAAGACAAGUUCCUGACCGUGGGUGGCAAACCCAUCAUUGGCCUGGACCGGCCUAAACCCAGGACCACAACCACAACCAGACCUCCUACUACAACCACACCUGAACCGACCUCGCUCCCAACCACCACUGAAAUGUCCACAGAGGAGACCUUGACCAUGCCGGUGUUCCCGACCUGUCCUCCAGGAACAUUUUUGAUCAGGGAUGAUGAGGGAUUCCCAAUGCUGGAUGCUGAUGGCAUCCUGGACUGUUAUCCUGAAGAGGAAUCCUCAGGAAUGGAAACGGACUCUAUGGAUGAGUUGUUGUGGCAGACCACCCUGCCCCCCACGCUGCCCCCCACCACCGCCACGACAGACCCCCCCAACCCUGAACCAGACACCAGGCCCUUCAACAAUAGCCCCUCCAAUGAGUUCGACCUCACCGGGAAGAAACGCUUCACAGCUCCGUACGUGAACUUCAUCCAGAAGGAUCCGGGCGCUCCGUGCUCGCUGACGGAGGCUCUGGAAUACCUACAGGUGGACGUCCUGGAAAACCUGUUCAAGAAAGACAGCCUGGCUACCAAUCAGAAACAGCCGCCCAAGAACAAGCCCUACAACAUCACGGUGGUCGCCAUGGAAGGCUGUCAUUCAUUCGUCAUCCUGGACUGGGCCAUCCCACUGAAGGAUGACAUGGUGUCAGGCUACAUGGUCCACAGCGCCUCAUACGAUGACGUCCUCAACAACAGGUGGUCCUCCAGCGCAUCCAGCGGCUCACACCUGGCUAUAGAAAACCUCAAGCCUAACUCCAGGUACUACUUCAAAGUCCAGGCCAAGAAUGUCUUUGGGCUGGGACCAGUCAGCGAUACAUUCACCUAUGUCACUGAGUCAGAUGACCCUCUUCUUAUUGAACGACCUCCUGGUGGAGAGCCUAUCUGGAUCCCCUUCUCCUUCCGAUACAACCCCCAGCACAGUGCGUGUAAGGGCAGCCAGUACGUCAAGAGGACAUGGUACAGAAAGUUUGUGGGCGUGGUCCUGUGCAACUCACUGAGAUACAAGAUCUUCAUGGGAGAUGGGCUGAAAGAAACAUUCUACAGUAUAGCAGACACAUUCGGCCAUGGGGAGGACCACUGCCAGUUUGUAGACUCUUACCUAGACGGGAGGACAGGCUACCCCAACCUCUCAAUGCAUCUGCCAACAGCACAAGGUUACUAUCGCUCAUACAGGCAGGAGCCAGUCAACUUUGGCCCUAUCGGCCGGCGUACGCCACAUCUCUUCGUGGGAUGGUAUGAGUGCGGUGUGCCCAUCCCUGGCAAGUGGUAACACAGGGGGUCACAAAGAGGUUGUCGUCGAGGGCAACCCAACUCCAUCCUGCUGCAGCCUUCCUCAUGCUGUUACUGACCCCGCCCCCUGGAGAUAAACUGUUGUUAGCCACAGCAGAAAGACAACAUUACAAACUUAUACUGCUUCAGAUCAAAGAGAAUAUAAUACUUUAAACAUCAACUAAUAUUUACAUGUAUUCAUUACCAUGCACUUUUAUAAAAGCAGUCUGUAUAUGAGGGGGAAAAAGCAUGUAUUGCUAUUGCUUAGUUUAACUUUUGUCUUCCGGAUCGGAAAGCAUCCUUGUUUAUUCCCGACUAUUCCCAACUAUUCCCGAGUCGGCCCCUGGGAUUAUUUAUCUCAUCAAAGUGCACCUGUGAUCAUGACAUCACUAAUGAAAUGGAGAUCCUGUAAAAGACCAAAGCACAAUCUGAACAGGACUAAUGGGAGCUAAGGGUUUGUAUGUGUGUUUAUUAUCAAUCAAGAUAUUUUGUUCAUAACAGUAGUAUGAUAGAGUAAUGGCUUUUGACAACUACUUUUGGUGUCAGUUAUUUUCUUGAACAUGCAUAGUGUUUUUAUACUCUUUGGUAUUUACGAGACUCAAUGAGAUGAGAAGUUACUGUGGAAGUGUUGUAUGUAUACGGACAAUGAAUAAAAAUACGUAAUAUUUGCUCAGGAAUGGUUGGACAUUGAAUAAAGGUGCUAUGGAAACCAA